ACAACGGGUCACGUGAUUUGUCGGCUCCUUUUAAAUGUAACACACUCAGGAAGUGAACUUUUUUUUUUCCUCCAAAGGGAUUCAGCAGAUUUGUGCCAAAUGUAUUUGUCGCUCAGAUUAUACUUAACAAAGAUGUGUGUGUCUAAACAGCACCACACCUUCAGAUGAGGACGCUGCUCUUCGUCGCUUGGCUGCUGUUUUACGUGUGUUUUCUACUGGCGAUGCGAAGGAUGUGGACUGGAAAGUAUGUUCGCAGUCCACUGGCUCGAUCUCUGUUCAUGAACAUGGUGACUGAGACGGACACACCUGGACAUGAAGCCCAGCAGUGGUACCACUGCUGUCCAGACCUGCUGGGAGAAGGAGUUCGCUCCGUGUUUGUUCAGAGCCACCUGGAUGCGGAGACGCAGGCGUUCCUCCAUAAGAGCGAGGAGAAAUCCAGCUGGCUUUUCACGCAGCUUUACCACUCGCUCUUCUCCACCAUCCUCAGCCCCGUCAUUUCUCGAACCUCAAUCAACGGCUUUCUGGGCCGCGGCUCCAUGUUUGUCUUUUCCAAUGAGCAGUUCCGGCGUCUCCUCCGGAUCGGGCCUGAAUGGAAAGGACAGCGGAUGCUGGAUCUGGGAGCCGGUGAUGGAGGCGUCACAGAAGUGAUGGGCUGUCACUUUAACGAGGUGUACGCCACAGAGGUCUCCACGCCGAUGAAAUGGCACCUACAAAGGAAGAAUUACAGCUUGUUGGGAAUCGAUGAAUGGCACCGAACAGGCUUCCAGUACGACCUGAUCAGCUGCCUGAACCUGCUGGACCGCUGCGACGAGCCGCUUCAACUGCUGCAGGACAUUAAGAAAUCCCUGGUGCCAGAAACGGGACGGCUCGUCUUAGCAGCUGUUUUGCCUUUUCAGCCGUAUGUGGAGACGGGCGGGAGCUGGGUGCGACCCAAGGAACAUAUCAAGGUGGAGGGCAAGACGUGGGAAGAGCAGGUGACACACCUGAGCGCAGACGUGUUCCUGAAGAUGGGCUUUGAGCUGGAGGCCGUCACACGCCUGCCGUACCUGUGCGAGGGAGACAUGUACAAGGAUUACUACGUGCUGGACGACGCCGUGUUCGUGUUAAAACCUCAGGAAUGAAUGAAGACCAAACAUCAAACCUCUGUUCUGAAACGCAGUUAUUCUGGGCUGAAGCUAAAAUUAAAUGGCUUAGUUUCUCGUCUGUUACAUCUCAGGAAAAUAAAAACUUUGAGAAACAAAUAUUUUAUUCCAGCUAAUGGACUGUACUGUAAUUGUGCUACAGGUGGAGUACAGUUGGUGUGAGGUAUUUAAGAAAAACAAAAGAUCAUAUCUAAUAGAACAUUAGUUUUGUGAAUAUGGAGGUGUUAAAGACUCCAGAUCUCAGAGCGUGCCUCCCCUCAUGUUCUCUGUGUUUGUAUCGUCAUUAUAAACUGAACUUCUCAUGUGACGUACGAGUUCUCUGAACAUCUUAGGACCAAUGCAAGACUGAAUUUACAAUAUUAAGUAAAAUGAUGUCUGUUUUUAAGUGCACAACACAAGUGUCUAAACAUAAGUUUAUGUAGUUAAUAAUAGUUAAUUAAAGGUGUAGGUUUGUAGACCAAUUUUUCAUGUUGUAAAUCAAGUGUUUGGUGCUUACAUUCUCCUGACGUUGAUUUUAACUUCACUGUGCAAUAAAUCUUCUUCUGCUCUCA